AGAGAGCAUAUAUACCAUCAUGUAAAUUUGAUCUCAAAAGCUCUAUGCUGGCUUUUAUAUUUUAACUAAAGUUGAAUUAUUAAAGUAUCCUUUUCAGUUUUCUCCAAUCUAAUACAAUCCUUAACAACCUCCCUGUCCCUCUCUGUGAAUGACAAAUACCAACUAUUUCUCUCCAUAAAUACAUUCAAUAAGGCUUUUGUUCCUCCCCUAUGCAUCUCUUCCAACUCUAAACUACGCAUUAGUGUCUGUGUCUAAUUUUUAGAAGCUUAGAGACUCAUGGGUUUUCCUCCAACUGCAACCCCUCCUCAUCUUUAUCCUCAAGAACUUCAACUUAAGCUUUACCAGGCUUUCAUAUUUUCAAUUCCUAUCCUCUUUUCCAUUAUUCUCUUCCUCUUGUUUUACUUGUUCUACCUCAAGAGAAGGCCUUCCUCACUCUCAUCUCCUACUCAGAUUCUUCCAACAAGCUCCGACCAGUCUACUCAACCUGUGCUCACUGUUUGUCAGAUUGGUUUGAAAAAAGAGAUCAAAGACAAGCUUCCAAUUGUAUUAUUUGAUGAAGAAUUAAUGACAAGAGAAUCACAGUGUUGUGUUUGUUUGGGGGAAUUUGAGAUCAAAGAGGAGUUGCUGCAAAUUCCAUCCUGCAAACAUGUGUUUCACAUUGAAUGUAUUCAUCAUUGGCUGCACUCAAACUCAACUUGUCCACUUUGUAGAACUUUUGUCAUCCCCACCACCAAACUUGAUAACCUGGAGCAAUCUGGUGGGACUGAGACACCACUACAGCAAGAUAAUUCUAACUCCAACCAUCAUUUGCAGAUUGCAUCAGAACAGCAGCAACAACAAGAGUUCAGCCGCAGCCUUGUGAUACCUAUUGUAGAAUCAUCAAGUGCAGAAGCUUGUUCAAUGGACUCUGUUGGCUGUCCUGAGCUUUCCAUUUCCUCAGGGAAUGGAAGGGGUUGUUCAAGCCAAGAAUCUGUUGCUCCACAUAUUCAAACAUAGUAACGAAUACAUGAAAUUUUUUUCCUUCUUUAUGAAGCUCAGAUUAAUAAAGUAGAUAGGCCAAAGCUCUCAGGGCAUACACUAUAUACAAAACGAAUUAUCCUUCAAA